AAGAGUCCAAAGCUUCCGCCAUCUUGAUUCCGGUCUGACAAGUAGGAAGAAAUUUCGGUGCCUUUUUUCUCACCAACGGUCCUUGACAAGAACACUUGGCAACUGUCAUAGGUACAAAAUGGCGGACCGUAAGGCAGAACUAGAGCGGAAGAAGGCGCGGCUGGCGCAAAUCCGAGAGGAGAAGAAGAGGAAGGAGGAGGAGCGAAAACGACGAGACGCAGAAGAAGCUGCCAAGGCAAGCAAGAAAGGACCAGACCCUUCAGAAAUCGAACGGAAGCGGAUCGAAACAGAGCAACUGUUGAAGGACAUCGGUAUUGAAGAACAGAAGAGAGCUCAAGCUGCUGUCCCCUCCAUGGUUGCUGCUGAACCCCCAGGUGUAACACAGAAGAAAGCACCAGCGAGCGCCGACGAUCGGCCACUACCAACACUCGCGAGAAAAUCUAUGCGAGAAAAGCUGAGCCUGACGGACACCUCUGUCAUCAACAUCCCGCCUCGAGAGAAGGUCGCCUACAGCAAGGAGACACAGACUAUCGUGGAGGUGCAGGAAAAAGAAGAGUCCGAAGAGGAAAUCGAGCCACCCCCAGAGGUAGUAGAACCACCUCCAGACAAGAAGGAGGAGGAGGAGAAAGAAGAAGAAGCUCAGAGACCGCGAGAGUUGACAGAAGAGGAGAAACAGCAGAUCGUCCUGUCAGACGAGUUCCAAACCUUCAUCAACAACACCACCCGCGUCAUGGAGCGCGCACUCGCAGAGGACAUGGACAUCUUCUACGACUACGGCGGACAGGAUUUAGAAGAAAGGGAGGGUCCUGAAGCUGGUGCAAAGAUGUCCCUCCAGCGACAGUUUAACGAUGAGCGCUGGUCCCGCUACCGUACCGUGACAUACCUGGACUGGUCAGCACAGUAUCCAGAGUUGCUGGUGGCCUCCUACAACAACAAUGAAGAGUCACCCAACGAGCCUGAUGGAGUCUGUCUGGUCUGGAACAUGAAGUUCAAAAAGACCACACCAGAGUACAUCUUCCACUGUCAGUCUGCAGUGAUGGCUGCCACCUAUGCCAAGUUCCACCCUAACCUGGUGGUUGGUGGGACGUACUCGGGUCAGAUUGUGCUGUGGGAUAACCGCAGUAACAAACGCACGCCGGUGCAGCGGACACCACUCAGCGCAGCAGCUCACACUCAUCCGGUGUACUGUGUGGAUGUGGUGGGGACCCAGAACGCUCACAACCUGAUCACCGUGUCCACCGACGGCAAGAUGUGCUCCUGGAGUCUGGACAUGCUGUCCAACCCACAGGAGAGUAUGGAGCUCCAGCACAAGCAGUCCAAAGCUGUGGCCGUGACCUGCAUGUCCUUCCCUCCCAACGACGUUAACAACUUCGUGGUGGGCAGUGAGGAGAUGGCUGUGUACACAGGCUGCAGACAUGGCAGUAAAGCGGGUAUAAAUGAGAUCUUUGAGGGCCACCAGGGACCGGUGACCAGUAUCGACUGCCACCCUGCCACAGGGCAGGUGGACUUCUCCCACCUCUUCCUCACCUCGUCUUUUGACUGGACCGUCAAACUCUGGAGCGUGAAGCACCAGCGCCCUCUGUACUCGUUUGAAGACAACAGUGACUAUGUGUACGACGCCCGCUGGUCUCCUAUCCACCCGGCCGUGUUCGCUACCGGGGACGGCAUGGGCAGACUGGACGUCUGGAACCUUAACAAUGAUUCAGAGGUCCCCACAGCCAGCGUGACCCUUGACAUGCAGCCCGCCAUCAACCGUGUUCGCUGGCACUCGUCCGGACACCAGGUGGCCUGCGGCGACGCCGACGGAAAAGUCUGGAUAUACGACAUCGGAGAGCAAAUUGCAGUACCGCGGACAGACGAGUGGCAGAAGUUUGUACGAACGCUGAGCGACAUGCGAGCCAACAUGGUGGAUAGCCAGGACGAAGCCUUCACAUCACCUCUACGAUAAAACGACAUUAUACAUUAUAAAGGCAUGAAUCAGUAACUUCCAGUAACUUCCAGUAUUCCAUAUAUAUGUAUGGAAUGAUAGGUUGGUAUAAUUAAUUUACUAGAAGUUCCAGUUCAAGUUACUACUGUUCAAUGUUCAAGUUAUCACUGUUAUAAGUUAAAUCACUGCUUUUGUUGACCAAUAUCUUCAUAAAGUUAUACCAAGCACUCUAGUCCAAAUGCACAAUGGUUGAAGGAUGGUUGUAUGGACUAAAAAAUUGUGAGAGGGGGGCAAAGCCAAAAUGUGGUGGUUGGUUGGCUGUUUGGUUGAGUGCUGAAAUGCGGUGAAAGAAAACGGCGUGCAAACUGAUCCAAGCUGAAGCGAUCCUGGCUUAACUACAAGCUAAGUCUGGUGAAUUAAUCCAGAUUAAUUGCAUAAUUAAGUCUGGGUGGAUUAAUUGUAGACAUGCAAGACAUGCUAAAACAGCUUUGAAAGUACUGGUAGCUUUUACAAUAAGCGUUUAUAUUGUAUGGUCAUGCGUGGAUGAAAAAUUUCGGUUGACAAACCUUGCUGGAAAGAUGGCUAGAAUACUAUCAGUAUCUUGCGUGAUAGUGAUGAAAUGUUAUCAAAGAAGAUUAUGAUUAUAAAAAAUC